AUGUCGCAAGACUUGCCAGCGGAGGCAGCGAAGCAGCGCACUCGCCUUCUGAGAGUGACUGGAAAAGACUUGGGGAACUUCAGAGAUGGCCCUGCACAGGAGGAACUGGGAAGAUGGGAUGUUUCCGCCGAGGAAUCAGCGAGUAUCAAGACGCUGCGUGUGGCGGCUGACUAUUUGAAGAAGCACGACAUACCAGUCGCAUUUCCCACCGAGACGGUCUAUGGCCUCGGCGCAGAUGCGACACGGAGCGCCGCUGUCAAGGGCAUCUACGCCGCGAAGGGAAGGCCGUCGGACAAUCCUCUCAUCAUACACGUCUCAGACCUCGAGAUGCUCCGAGAUAUCUUGAGUCCCCCGACCGAGACCAACGGGACAGGAAACGGCAGUCGGGAGGAGCGCAUACCUCCGAUAUACAAACCGCUCAUCGAGCGUUUCUGGCCCGGGCCCCUGACGAUAUUACUCCCCAACCCGACUCCGUCAAAACUAGCCCCUGAGGUCACGGCCGGACUCCCGAGCUUCGGCGCACGCAUGCCGGCUUCACCUCUCGCCUUGUCGCUCAUCAAACUGACAGGCGCUCCGUUGGCUGCCCCUUCCGCCAACGCUUCUACCAAGCCGUCGCCCACUACGGCGGAGCAUGUGCUGGAGGAUCUGGAUGGGCGCAUCGAGCUGAUACUGGACGGUGGAUCAUGUCAGGUCGGAGUCGAGAGCACGGUCGUCGACGGACUCUGCGACCCGCCCGUGAUCCUCCGGCCGGGGGGCGUGGGCAUAGACGAGCUGCGAAGAUGUCCCGGGUGGGAGAACGUCGGGAAGGCGUACAAGGACCAGAGCGAAGCCGGCAAGUCUGCGCCGAGAGCGCCUGGGAUGAAGUAUAAGCACUACAGUCCGAAGGCAAGGGUCGUCCUGUACGAGGCUACGAUGGAGGGGUGCCAAAAAGGGGUUCGGCUACAGGAUAUCGACGAUCAUGUCCAAGGACAGAGUGCAGCACAGACGGAUGGAACAGGGGUAUCGGCAGUGCAAGUCGGCAUUAUACGGACCCGGCACUGGCAACCGGCCGGCGGGUUGCGCUGCAGCGAGUUCAAGAAAAGGGAGACGGUGAACGUGGGACGCAGCCUCGAGAAACAAGGGGACAUCGAGCUCGACGUUCAAGAAGCAGAGCUCUACGGCAGUGCGGAAGGGGCUUGCAUUAGGAAGGUCAUGGACGUGAGCAUUGGCAAGGAUACCAGGAGCAUAGCACAGGGACUCUUUUCGGCGUUACGGGAGCUGGAUAGACGGGGUGCGGACAUCAUCUUUGUAGAGGGCACGGUAGACGACAAGGACAUCGGCGCAGCGGUCAUGAACAGGUUGCGCAAGGCGGCCUCUCAGAUUAGGUCGUAG